CCAUGAGGGUUUAAACAAAAAUCAGACAAUUCUAGAAAAAAGAAAGAAAAAAAAAAUAGUAGGUAAAAUAGUAAUAGAUUAGUGUAUUUGCGACUUGCGAGAAGUUUUUGGAGAGAUUGAGAGCGCAGUACUGUAGCAACACCGGUUUUGGUCGUUCCCGUUUGCCUUUCGUUCAUUUCCAGAGCCGCUGAACAAAGGAAGACGGAAGACCUAGAAAUCCAUUCCCCCUGCCAUUGGCCGUCCCGAUCGCCAGCACAGCAGCAUCACUAAUCGCUCUCUGUAGCUUGCAAAUUUCAGUUCCUUAACCCUCUACUUCCAACUCAUCCUCACCCAGUCACCUUAGAACCCUAAUUGCAACAGCCUAUAUCGUCGCCGGCGCGAGACUUCGUGCGUCUGCACCGAUGGAGGACUCGGAGGGAGUUCUCAGCUUCGACUUCGAAGGUGGCCUCGAUUCGGCGCCUUCCCACCCUACCGCCUCCAUGCCGGCUAUCCCAUCGGACAACUCGGCCGCUGCCUCCGCCAACGCUGCCUCCAAUCUAUCCACCCCCGCCGCUGCGCCCAUGGACCUUGGACCGAACAACCAAUCCGGGCGGCGGAGCUUUCGGCAGACCGUCUGCCGGCACUGGCUUCGCAGCCUCUGUAUGAAGGGCGACGCGUGCGGUUUCCUGCAUCAGUAUGACAAGGCUCGGAUGCCCAUUUGCCGGUUCUUCAGGCUCUACGGGGAGUGCCGGGAGCAGGAUUGCGUCUACAAGCACACUAAUGAGGACAUCAAAGAAUGCAACAUGUACAAGCUGGGAUUUUGUCCAAACGGUUCAGAUUGUCGUUAUAGGCACGCAAAGCUGCCAGGGCCUCCACCCUCGGUAGAAGAAGUGCUCCAGAAGAUUCAGCAAUUGACUUCAUACUAUGGGCAAAACAAGUUUUUCCAACAACGUGGCGGUUAUAAUCAACAAGGUGACAGAAUGCAUGCUCAGCAAGGUCCCAACCACAGCAACCAGGGUGGGAAUAUGCGACCUUCAGUGGUGGAGUCUGCUAACAUGCAACAGCAACAGCCGCAGCAGCAGCAAUCACAACAGCAGUUGCAGCAGCCACAGCAGCAACAACUUCAACCACAACAGCAACAACAGGUCAGCCAGACGCAGAUGCAAAAUGCUCCAAACGGGGUGCCUAAUCAGCCAAGCAAAGCAGCUACUCCCUUGCCUCCAGGAAUAUCUAGGUAUUUUAUAGUCAAAAGUUGCAACCGUGAAAAUUUGGAACUAUCAGUCCAACAAGGUGUAUGGGCAACUCAAAGAAGCAAUGAAGCUAAACUGAAUGAAGCUUUUGACUCUGCAGAAAAUGUCAUUUUGAUUUUCUCAGUCAAUCGAACUCGUCAUUUCCAGGGUUGUGCAAAGAUGACAUCAAAGAUAGGGGCUACCGUUGGUGGAGGGAAUUGGAAAUACCAACAUGGCACUGCACAUUACGGACGGAACUUCUCUGUUAAAUGGUUAAAGUUAUGUGAGCUAUCAUUCCACAAAACUCGCCAUUUGAGGAACCCUUACAAUGAGAACUUACCGGUGAAGAUUAGUAGAGAUUGUCAGGAGUUAGAGCCUUCCAUUGGAGAGCAGCUGGCUUCCCUACUUUACCUCGAGCCCGAUAGUGAACUCAUGGCAAUCUCAGUUGCAGCAGAAGCAAAACGAGAAGAAGAGAAAGCAAAAGGAGUGAAUACCGAGAAUGAAAACCCCGACAUUGUUCUAUUCGAUGACAAUGAAGAAGAGGAAGAGGAAGAAAGCGAAGAGGAGGAAGAGAGCUUUGGGCAGCCACUAAUGCCACCGAUGCAGGGAAGAGGAGGGAGAGGCAGAGGUGGACUUAUGUGGCCUCCUCAAAUGCCACCACCAAUGGGUCGCGGAGUCAGGCCAAUGCCCGGACUCCGAGGAUUCCCUCCAAUGAUGAUGGGUGGUCAUGGUGAUGGAUUUUCUUACGGACAUCAUGUACCACCUGAUGGUUUUGGAAUGCCAGAUCCUUUCGGUGUGGCACCACGUGGAUUUGGCCCUUAUGGUCCCAGGUUCUCCGGCGAUUUCCCUGGCCCUGGAGCUGGUAUGAUGUUCCCUGGGCGACCCCCUCAAUUUCCACCUGGAGGGUUCGGGAUGAAUAUGGGUCCAGGACGUGGACCGCCCUUUAUGGGGGGAGGGAUGGGUCCCAAUGCUGCUAAUCAGAUGCGGGGUGGCAGGCCUGGCGGUGGUAUGCUCCAUCCGCCACUUCAGGCACCAAUGUCACAAAACAGCAUGAGAUCGGUUAGAAGAGAUCUGUCGAGACCAGACGAUGACAGCAGGUACCAGCAUGAAGGAGCUAAGGCGGGUUCUCAUGAAGACCAAUUUGGUGGUGGAGGCAACAGCUUCAGAAAUGACGAGAGUGAAAGCGAGGAUGAGGCGCCAAGGCGUUCGAGACAUGGGGAGGCCAAGAAGAAGAGACGAGGCUCGGAAGAAGGUGGGGCCCAGGGCUCCGAUCACUAGCAGAAGAAGCCGUUAAGCGAUCGGUCCUGCUGCUAGAACAAACUGAUUUUCUUCUAAGACAACAUUUGCUAGCUUUUGCAACCCCAUUCUGCGUUUGUUUUGAUUAGGUGUUAUCUUUUCGAAUUGCCUGGUCGGCUGACAGAAAGAAGAAUGCAUUCAGAAUACAGAUGCCUGUAACACGGUGCCUUGAUUUUGCCGGAAAUUUAUGCUUGUCUUGUGUACAUUUUGUAGAAGUAAAAUGAAUCCGGAAAGCAGAUUACAUUCCAUCUGUUGAUGUUUGCCAGGACUUCUGCAGGGGUUAUGAUUCAGACAUGAGAGAGUGGCUGGAAUACAUCUGUUCAUAAAUAAAAACUAAUGACUUGA